GGGCGCCUGCGCACUGGGCCGAGGUGCGAGCGCCGGGCUCCCUCGCUCAGCAGGUCGUUCAUCUGCUCGAGACGGCCGGGCCGAAUGGCUCAGAAGCCCCUGCGUCUGUUGGCUUGUGGCGAUGUUGAAGGAAAGUUUGAUGUUUUAUUCAAUAGAAUCCGAGCAAUUCAGAAGAAAAGUGGAAACUUUGAUCUGCUGUUGUGUGUAGGUGAUUUCUUCGGUUCUACACCAAGUACCGAAUGGGAGGAAUACAGGACAGGAGUCAAGAGAGCACCUAUUCAAACUUAUGUGCUCGGUGCUAAUGACCAGGAAGCUGUCAAGUACUUCCCAGAUGUUGAUGGAUGUGAACUAGCUGAAAACAUUACUUACCUAGGUCGAAAAGGUGUUUUCACUGGUGCCUCAGGCCUGCAGAUUGCUUACCUCAGUGGGACAGAGUCAUUGGCUGAGCCUGCCCCACCUUACAGCUUCACCUUCAAGGAUGUAAGCUCGCUGAAGGCAGCUUUGCAGGCCACAUCGCAGUUUAAAGGUGUUGAUGUCUUGCUGACAUCCCCAUGGCCCAAGGGUGUGGGGAACUUCGGGAAUGCUUCUGGAGAUGUGGAUACCAAGAAAAAAGGCUCUUCUUUGAUCUCCCAUCUUGCCAUGGACUUGAAACCCAGGUAUCACUUUGCUGCCUUGGAAAAGACUUAUUAUGAAAGGCUUCCUUAUCGAAACCACACAGUCCUCCAGGAAACUGCUCAGCACGUUACCCGAUUCAUAGCUCUGGCAAAUGUUGGAAACCCAGAGAAGAGGAAGUACCUCUAUGCAUUCAGUAUCCUCCCACUUAAUCUGAUGGAUAUGGCAGAGCUUGUGAAGCAGCCGCCAGAUGUCACUGAAAACCCCUACAGAAAAUCUGGGAAGGAAGCAUUGUCAGACAAACAGGGCCUGGCUCCACAGGAAGAACCAGCUUGUCAGUUUUUCUUUGAUUUAAGCAAAAAGCAGGGAAAGAAACGUCAGUCCACUGGGGGAGACAGCAAGGGUGUUUCCCCCAAGCAGCCUCGGAAACCACCUCAGCCCCUGGGACCCUGCUGGUUCUGUCUUGCCAGUCCUGAAGUAGAAAAGCAUUUGGUGGUCAGCAUUGGCACACAUUGCUACCUUGCCCUGGCGAAAGGUGGAUUAUGUGAUGAUCAUGUUCUGAUCUUGCCCAUCGGGCACUACCAGUCAGUGGUCGAUCUUUCAAGAGAGGUGGUGGAAGAAGUGGAAAAGUACAAGUGUGCAGUGAGACAGCUCUUUAAGAGCAAAGGGAAGCGAUGCGUUCUGUUUGAGAGGAAUUAUAGGAGUCAUCACCUCCAGCUGCAGGUUGUUCCUGUACCCCUCAGCUGCUGCACCACUGAUGACAUCAAGGAGGCCUUCAUCAUCCAGGCCCAGGAGCAGCAGAUGGAGCUGCUAGAAAUCCCAGAACACUCAGAUAUCCAACAGAUUGCACAGCCGGGAGCACCAUAUUUUUAUGUGGAGUUGGACACAGGAGAGAAGCUUUUCCACAGAAUUAAGAAGAGUUUUCCUUUGCAUUUUGGAAGGGAGGUUUUGGCAGGUGAGGCCAUCCUCAACAUUCCCAACAAGUCUGACUGGAGGCAAUGCCCUCGUAGCCGAGAAGAGGAGGAAGCUCUCGCUCGCUUGUUCCGAAAGCAUUUCCAGCCCUUUGACUUCGCCCUGGAGGACUGACCGAUGAGGAGCCCUUUCCACAGUUCAAAGUAUCUCCUGGAUAGAUGCUGGAGGGAAUUUCCACGACCCCCAGAGCACCAGCCCCACAGACUACCGGAGGUCCCCUCACGGCAGACACACAGACCCUAGAAGUUCUGGCUUGGGAUUAAAACACUUUCCCUGCGUACGUGGGCCUGGCAGGUGCAUCCUUCGUAUCCUGAGGGUCUGAGGGGAGUGGUUCCAGAUCCAGUAGCCCCAUGUAGGCUGCAGGGUGGAUUCCUCCAUUGAACCUUGUCUGGAGAAUGAGUUCACUGAGCAAAGGAAGAAAGGAACUGUCGGGUGGUGGUGGUGGUGAUAGAAUCCAUUCACUUAAUCAUUCAGUAGAAUAACUUGAUUCCCUCAUUCCUGCCCCCAUGCCUAGUGUUAAGACUCCUUUUAGACCUUGUAAGAAAUGACUUGGUUGGUAUGGUGCAGCUGUUCCUCAAA